UCGCGAUCACAUCGAUCGGACAGUCUGGCGCCACACUCUCAAUCUCUCUAGUAAACGUGGGUUUUGUGCACAUAUUCGAGUACUAGUCAAUUAUUUUUUCCGCUCGCUAAAAAUAGAACAGAAUCCGAGACAUUAAAUUUUCGCAUUACUCCACGGAAUAACCCAAUUAUCACCAUUCUCUCCGCCUCCGGCAACUACAAAUCGUGCAGUAUCGUUCCAGUUCAGUUGUGCGUCAAACUCGCUCCUGAAAAUUUUCAAACAGCCUGAAAAAAUGGCUACCAGUGAUAACUUCGCCGCAAACAUCGAAAAACUCACCGGACCCGACGACUGGACAAAGUGGAAGUGGCACGUGACCUUCGUUCUUCGCUCCUUCGGCCUGGAGGACAUCGUCACUGGUACCCGCGAUCGCGUCCGGCUGCCGCCUCAACCCACCGAAGAGCAGAAAGCGGCCUUCCAGCAAUGGAACCAAGACGACGCCAAAGCGGCCAGCGUGAUCGCGGGUGCGUUAACUAAACCCGUAGCUACCCUGGUUUUGAACUGCAACCACGCCAAAGACAUUUGGGACACGUUGCGAGCGAAGUUUGAACGCACUAACGUUGAACGAGUGGACGAGUUGAUGGAGUCGUUUUUCCGGGUCAAACGGAACGAGAAGGAGAGGAUUGUGGUGCACGUGGAGAGACUGAAGAGCUUGUAUGUAGAUGUGAACAAGGAACUAAGAAAACUCGGCGAAAACCCGUUGUCCGAAAGGGUUUUGAAAGUGCGGAUUUGGUCUACGUUGGGGGGGAAGUAUGAUAGUGUGAGGAAAGCGUGGAGCGAGAUUUCGCCGGAAAAUCAGACUUUGGGUGGACUUAUUGACAAACUGAUCGAGUUCGAGCGAAAAUAUAAGAGUGCAGAGGAAGCUACAGUUGUCGAAUGUGACUACUACUGGCGGGAUUACGACGGCGAAAUCCCUGAAGAUGCUGUAGUUGCUGGUCACGACGAAAACGGAAAACGCGUCUACGUAGGUCAGGGUUAUGUCCGGAAUAAGGGUAUGAUAGUCGUGCAAAUAAACUCCCGCAAAAAAGACGUGUAUGCAGAAAUGGGGGGUGUCCAUCAUCUGGAGAAAAAUAUCAAGAUUCUGUGCGGCUGCCCAGACAAUUUCUACUGGUGGCCCACAAGUCGUGCCAAGCUACUUGAAGACCUGGAAGAGAAAGAGUUCGUGGUUGGUGGACACGAAGACGGAUGGGGAAGAUAUUUCGUUGGUAGAAUCCAGUGCGACGGUGGCGUCUGCGUGGGAAAAGUCCUCGAAAAAGGGUGGGCCGGAAAAACCAUAUUCAUCGGGGUGGAUAAGAAAAACGAGAAAGUGGAGGCUGAGACGUACGAAGUGCUUGUGAACGAACCGUGUGGAGGGUGUGGCAACAACGAAAAAUAAAUGACUUAAUUUUGA